UGUACGGGAAGUAAUAAGACAUUUGAAAUCAUCCGGAAGUAUUAAUUAGUUUACGAUUAAAUGUACAAUAUACCCAUAUACAUAUAACUAUAGCCAGGGCAACGUUCGUUUGAUGUGGUAGAUCGUUACUUUCAAGAGAAGUCAAUUCAAUGCUUAUUUUACGACGGAAAUGAGAAAGUAUGUGAAUCUUAAUCUUGUAUGUGAGUAAACCGCAUGUCUUACAAUCAGCUUUUCAUUUCAUUAAUUACAAGAGUACUGUCGGUAUUAUGCGGGCUCUCACAAUCAGACAAGUACAAAUUCACGAUGGGUCCAUACAAAUUAAUGCUCUAUGAAAGUGAACUCUGUUCAACUGCAAAUGAAUUACGGGAUGAGCAGCAAUCAUUCUUCUUUACUAAAAAAAUUGAUCACGCUACCACAUAUUAAAGAAAUUCCGCUUGUACCGAAUUCACAAAGUAUACUAUAGUAGUUGCAACCCACGUACCAGAAAUGCAUGUAAAAAUGCAUUUAGCUAGGAGCGAUUCUCUUCGUUCUUCCCUUCUUAUCGACCGUGCAAUAAUGUGUUCUCCGUUUGUUCUCAAUGGUUUAGGAGAUUUUUGCUAGAGUGGAAAAUCCAAACCGGAUUUUGAAUGUGACCGGAAGUUCAACAAACAAGCCUUUAACGCUUUAAAUACUUCAUUCUACAUUGGUAAAUGAUUGGUAAUUGGUAUACUACGUCUCACCAUGUCCACUCAGGAAAUAACAAAAAUAAUGGAACUGGAUACAGCAUAUAUUGAGCAUCUGAUUCAAGAUUGGCUGCAACAUGUGUUAGAGGAAAACGCGAAACAAGAACAAAUUUUCAAAGAAGGAACUGAAUUCAUCAUUCCAUACAUGGCUGUGCCAUUACCUGUGAUCAGAACGAUAUUUGUAAUAUCAGGCCAUUUUGGUCUGGCACCAAACGCCAGAUAUUUGACAGUACAUCUCUUUGAUAAAUUCAUGUGCAAUCAUUUUUGUGAGCUAUAUGCAGCAAAGAUGGGAAUGGAUCCCACAGAGUCAUGCUGGCCUCAGAUAUGCAAGGCUAUUUCCAGCCAGGCAAAAUUAAAGCUUAUGUCUUGCAUGCAACUGGCCAGUAAGAUGGACUCACAUUCCAAAGGCUUAAGUAUUUCUCAGGUAAUCCAGAUGCUCCAAUGGCUGGAUAACGAAUGCGAGUUUACCAGAGGCAUGGUUUUCUCUGCAGAGUUCAAGGUGUACAAAACUGUAAAUUUUAGGAUACCAUUAAUCACACCUUUCCACUGUGUGGAGAUACUUCUCGCUGCAACAAAGCUCAGUUGCAUUCCUGCGGUUCAUGACAUAUGUAUUAAUUUACUUGACCUGGCAUAUUUGCAACAUGACCGGAUAUAUUCUCACCUCCAGCUAAUGAUAAGGGGAAAUCAUGAGCACACAGAGUCCGACUCGGGUAACGUUAUGGCGUUGGAAAGCGAUAUGCUCUACUUGGGGGCUGCAGUAGUUCAGUGCUCCAUUUCUUUUCUGCCUAUGAAAGAAUCUGUUGGCAAACACUUGAUUCAAAAAUUAUCCGACUUUGUUGGUAUAGCUGAAACCGAUAUUUGGAAAUUGGCUAAUUUGCUCUUCACUACAGCAUUACAGAAUAAUCAUUAAUCUUCGAUAUUCUGAAUCAGUCGAAGAGGUGAAUGUAAUUAUCACAGAGACAAACGUGACUGUUAAUGUUACAAAGAAUUAAUUUUUUUUUCCAAUUUUUGCUGAAGUAGUUUCAUUUCGUAGUUCUGUGCAUCAUGAAUGAGAAUACAUCAUGAUCAUAGCCACAGAUGAUUAUAUGUCGUAUUGACAAGCUAUUUAAUAGCAGAUAGUCAUAUAUUUUUGUAAAGUUACCUCAAGUCUAUGUGAAAUAAAUUUUACCUUAUGGAUUACACCAAUGCAACCAAGUCUUAAUUAUUCAUCACCACUUUAGUUCUGUUGGAAGUAUGCUCGAAUUUCCAAUGAUUAUAGAUCCAAUGAAAUGUCUACAUUUGAAAGUCAAUUUGCUGCUUUUGCAAAGUAUGGCGAUACUAAUUCUAACGGAACUUUCAUGACUCUGUCACAAAGUGAUAAAUGGAUGAAACAGGCGCAAGUUCUGAAUAAAAACCUGACCACUACAGACACAGCGAUAUCGUUUGGAAAA